UAGGAGACCUGGCUGGAAUCACUCAGCACUCCCUGGAUUUGAACUCACGACUCCAGGUGUGAUAGUCAGCAUCUUUACCACUGAGCUACCCAGGCUCCCCUAGAUCAAUAUUUAAUAUUAAAUCUCUACCUUAACUUUCACUUCCGUGUUCUUCUUCUUUUGUUUCUAGAGAUUUGCAUUCUUCAUCAAUAUCGCCACCUACUGUACAGGGAGGAGAAUCUACAGUAAAAAAGGACUUAAAUAUUGAUCCUUUAACGUCACUCCAGAGUAUUCCAACAGCAUUAUGAUUACACAUGUUGAUCCUAGAAGUGUUUAAUGAGAUUAAAAACGGAGAGCUGGAUUAUAAACAGUUAUAGCAGAACAGCACCGUGACUGAAGCCCACAGUAAUUCAUAUUCACAUUAGCACUUGUGAAAUUAAUUCCCUCCCAUCCUCUUGAUUGAGGAUUCAUCACCGUUUUCUGUCACAAAUCUGUGUGGAGAAUGUCAGUCGGUUCCUCCGUUCAACAGAGCAUCAAGCCACACGGAGUUGAUCCCGACGACAGCGGUGAUGACUGGGAGAUCGGUGUGGGGAAUCUAAUCAUCGACCUGGACGCGGAUUUGGAGAAAGAAAGACAGAGAUUGGAGAUGAAUCGCGUUUCGAGCGUUAAAAGCAGCGCGGCGGAAGGUCGUGUGGAGCUCGAGUGCAGUUGCGCGGGUGCAGCGGAUGCGUUUAACGGCCCGACGGGAGCCGGAGAGCCGCAGCAGGGAUAUCUGUGCAAAGAGCCCAAGAAAUUCAAGCUGAAAAGGCGAAAUUCCUCGAAUGACACUGACAGAUCGUCCUCGCUGGAGAUUCCUAAAGUAUGCGUCGGUAAACGGAGGGAGGCUCAAGGACGCCCCGGAGAGGCUCCAGAGAUGAAUUCAGCACCACCGGCGGUGGACAGCUCCAGCGACGUGACUAAAGGCAAAGACGGCAAGAGAGGGAAGAAUCAAGGCAAAGGGCUGAAAAGAGAGAAAGAAUCCGCCAGGACGCGUAAAGAGAAGCUCGCUGAUGAAUUCGGAUCGCAGUCAGAGAAUGGAUGCGCUGUCGGAGGGACGGAGAAUCUCGUCGGUAGGGCCGGAAUGGACGCGGCUAUUGUCGAACACACUGAAGACACGAACACACAAGAACACGACCUGAAGACGUUGAGUGUUAAGACACGGUCAGUUGGAACAAACACACAAGAAACAGAGAAAACCAUCGAGUCCAGCUACAUGGAGCCAUGUCAACCAGGAACGAGCGUCAAUCUGGAGGGUAUUGUGUGGCAUGAAACAGAAGAAGGGGUUCUAGUUGUGAAUGUCACAUGGAGGAAAAGGACUUAUGUGGGAACACUCUUGGACUGUACCAAGCAUAACUGGGCCCCACCACGGUUUUGUGAGUCACCGAUGAGUGACUCGGACAUGCCCUGUGCGCGUGGACGUGGUAAACGAAUGCGGUUGGCUAUACCCGAUCAACCAGCUGCUGACCCGAGUCUUACCAAAAUAAGAGGACUAACUCACAAGAGACGUGGUGUGGGAAUCGGCAACAAAGGAAGGCGAGGGAGUCUGAACCUCACCGGCUGUAGAACACCUGGAUACUAUGGCAUUGAGGACAAUCUACUUACAUGUGGAAAAAGAAAAGGCAAAGCUCUAGCCGAUCUAGAUUUAAGCUUGGUUGCGGAGGACAUCAGGAAUGGAAAUGGGAAAAGGAUGCGAGCCAAAUCCAGGAGCGCUCCGUCCACCCCGCAGGGUAAAUCCGACCCAGUGUUUCUUGAUCAAGUUUGUGGAUCCCCGAUGCUAAUAGACUGUCCGCAUCCAAACUGUAACAAGAAGUACAAACACAUCAAUGGGCUCCGAUACCACCAGUCUCAUGCUCACUUGAACAGCGAAAGCAAGCAAGAGUUUGAGGUGGAGAGCGAGGACAGACUUUCUGAUUUUGAUGAUCCGCUCAGCUCUGUACCUUUUGAUUCUUCCAUGAAUAUUCUCUCUAAGAAACCCAGAACCAUGUUUAAACUCAAUUCAAUUGGUUCCCCAAAGAGCAGGAAAGCAUUGCUCAACAACAUUAACAGUCCCAUUGCCAAUGCUAAAUUACGCAGGAACGUGGUGAGUAAGGACGGCUCUAUAGAUGACCUGAGCAACUUACCGCUCAUUUCAAACAUGUCUGUUGUCCUUGAGAACUGCCUCAUUACGGAUCGUAACACAUCUGUGGAGAUGCCCAAGCUUGAAGCAGAGGGUGCAAUUGAUAAAAGGGACAUCUGUAGCAAAGUUAAAAAGGAAAGUGGCUUCACUGAAAGAUGCUCAGCCAAGUCUCGGACCAACAGACUCAUUACCGGCGCUCCUGCUCCCCCAAAAUUGACUGCAAUUUCACCUGCUGCAUUCUCUGCUAAAGAGGAUUCUUCCCAUCAGAACUCUACAACUGUUGCUCUCACAAAGGCCAAGAAUCUCUCCCUGAAACCCAUCAAGCCAAAGCUGGACAUUAUUGCACAAGUUAACAUGGCCAAUACUCCCACCACCCUGAGUAAAGACAGUAAGAAAAAGGACAAGAAUCGAUCGAAGGACAGAAAUUGCAAAGAUCCACAGAGUCCUAAAAGUGACCCAAUGUUCACAAAAACGGACGAUGCCAAGAAUAUCGGGAAAGAGUUCCCUGUAAGCCUCUUGAAAGAACAUUUGAGCAAACAGGAUGUUGUAAAUGGGCCAGGUGAAACGCAAGAAAGCCGCAUGGCAAGUAUUAGAGCAGAAGCGGACAAGGUGUACACUUUUUCCGACAAUGCACCAAGUCCUUCCAUCGGAAGCUCUGCGAGAAUGGACUGUGGUCCACUUACAAACGGAGAUGGAGCCACUGCAAAAACAAACAGCCCAGCAUACUCCGACAUAUCAGAUGCCGCCGAGGAUGGAGGAUCAAACUCAAGAUCUAGAAGAAAUUCGAUGCAUGACUCGAACCCAAACAGCAACAUCAAUCUUAAAAUUCCCUCAUUGAAUACUGCAGUCACGGUAACCCCAGGUAAAGAGGUCCAGUCAACGUCUCACGGCCAUGGAUAUGAAUCUCAUUGUAUCCCAGGGUACAUGCACUCUGGACAAGCAAACUCCACUUCAUUCCUGAAGGUGGCCUCACACUAUGGUCGGACGAAGGAUGAACUGAGAGACUUAAAUGAGGAUAUAAAAAGCUCAGAUUCCUCUACUCAAUCACAGCUUCAGUACCCUGUGACUGAAACGCACACAGCACUUGCUCAGUCCUUGUACUAUGGGCAGUACAGUCGUGGUGUUUCCAUGGACCAGAAAGUUCUGGUGAUGCCCAGCACCCACAGACAACUCCCUGACACAUGCUGUGAGGAAAUCCAGUACAGCAAGCAGAGUAGAGGUCAAGUUAGACGUGGAUCUGAGCAGAAAGAGCGAACAAAGGACGACCAAAAGCAAUUUAUAAACUCUCCUCAGUCAAUUCAUAAGGGGGCAAACUCUGCUAAAAUUAACUGUGUGAAACCUGGGUUUAUCUAUGUGGAAUUGGACAAGCAUCUGUCAUUUCAGCAGCAGCAACAGGGGAAGUCAUCCCAUAUCUCCAUGACAAAAGAUCAAGGGGUUAACAAGGAAUCUGAAGACCUCAGUUUGGAGAGUUCAAACUCCAAAUCAAAUGUGGACACAAAUGUAACAUUUCUAAAUGCUUCAGAAUCUCAGUCCUGGAGCAACUUUUAUCAGUCCAAAUAUGUGAAGCUGCAAAAUCAAGAGGUUAACAAGAUGUCUGAGGAACUGAGUCUCAGUUCAGACAAGGGGAAAGAUUGGCAUGUUCCACUGGAGCCAGAGUCCAGACUGGAGGCCGAACUCCAGAGCAUCAAGUGUGAGACCACUGCUGAUGUCACGGAGGACAGUACCAGACCAGAUGGGGACGAGAUGGUGGGAGAAAUAUCUGAAGACUCACAAACCGCAAGAGGGGCUGCAUCAUCACCUCAGCAAUCCUUUAUCCAGUUUCAGCACUCCUACCCAUAUUUACACCUAUGUGACACCAGCAACAGCGCUUACAGAGUGAUGUCUCCUGCUUUAGUGCACAAUUACCCAGGUUUCCAUUAUCCUCUAUAUGGAAAAACAGCAGGAAGAGAAGACUCAGAUGGGGCUCAAAGCAGCAAACCAGUGACAGAUUCAACAGCGUUAGAGCUUCUGUCACAUCCUCUCUUGCCUUAUCAUGGCACAUCUCCUGUGCCUGGAGAAAGAGGGUCACCGAAGCAGGACAGAGAAACUGAACGGGAGAGAAAAGCGAUUCCAUUCGGCCGUCACCUUCAAACGCAUCACCUGACUCAACUGGGCAUGAGCUACACGCUGGUGUCGGGCCAGUAUGACCCAUUUCAAGGUUUGAACUCUGCGGCGCUAGUUGCUAACCAGCAAGUGACGACAACACAGACCUGCUCCAGUGAAAAUGACGGGAAGAUCUGAGAUAUUCCCAACCCACACACGGAGUCACACAGACAUCAAGUCCAUGGUGUUUCUCAUCGUCUCCAUUGGAGGCAGCGACUAAUUUCAUUUCUAACUAAUGAAUGUACUAAUAAAGGAAGACUGCUGUCCUGUCAGUGGAACUAUAUACUGUACACACACAAACACACACACACACACACACACACACAUAGAUAUAUAUAUAUCGGUAUGUGCUGAUUAAACGAUGACUGAGGCUUUGUAAGACAAGGACUGUAUAAACCCUCUCUGCCUGUUAAUGGCUACAUCUAGCUGUUUGUAUGCACUUAUAUUGUUGUGUAAUCAUACUAUUGAAUGUAUUUGCUAUUUCCUCACCUCUGUGUGGUAAAGGACGGUUUGCAAUAGACUACAAGUGAUGUACGGUGGCUCGCUCUGCAUUAACUUAUUAUCAUGAAUAUACUGUUAUUAACAGCCAUUAAUCUAUUGUAUCGUAUAAAGUGGACAUUAAUCGACAGAUCAUCUCAGUGCCAUAGAGUAUUAUUGUGAUGUAUAUAGAUGUACAUAGUUUAACAAAGCUCAGCAGCGACUAUAACUAGCUUAUGUACCUUUGUAUUGAUUCAGUGCAAUGUAUACGGUUGUCUACCCACCUCACUUACACGGCAGACGUACUCCUUUGUUACUUCAAUAGUGACCCAGAACUAAAUCUGUUUACAAGUGGUUUUCUGGAGACAGGUUGGUCGAGUCCCGUCAUUAGGUUACACCAUCAAACUGCUGUUGCUUUUUAUACUGUCUCUGCCUUAAUAUGUUUGGCAAUCCAAAUAAACAGUGAAGGUUGUUUUUA